AUGACUGCUACGUCUCACCCUGAGUUCAAUGAUCAAACCGAAGCCCUGGAGGUAGCCCGGGUGUUUGCCGAUGCAAUUCGCGGCAAAACUGUGUUAGUGACCGGGGUGAAUCGAGGAGGUAUUGGGUUUGCGACGGCAGAGGCGUUUGAUAGCAUCGACGAACUCAAACUAAAGUUUCCUUCCGUGGAUUAUCGCCCCCUUGUGAUCAACCUUUCCAGUCAGCAGGCAGUGCGUACCGCAGCUGCUGAGCUCCUUUCCUGGCCUGAUGUGCCAACGCUCGAUAUCAUCGUGAACAGUGCAGGCAUAAUGCUGCUUCCGGAACGGAUCAUUAAUGAAGAUGGGAUUGAGAUGCAUUUCGCCACGAACCAUAUCGGACACUUCCUAUUCACCUGCUUGGUUAUGCCAAAACUCAUCAAAGCAGCGGAGAAAAAUCCUAAGGGAAGUACUCGGAUAAUCAAUGUCAGUUCUGCCUCACCCACAUUCUCAGCCAUGCGCUGGAGCGAUAUGAACUUCGAAAAGACAAGCAAAGAGCUUCCAGAAGCAGAACGGCCAAAUUACGACGUGCACCGAUACUGGGGAGAGCCCGAUGCAGAGAAUAAAUCGUACAUACCACUGGAAGGCUAUAACGUGAGCAAGGUGGCAAAUGUCCUGUUUGGCAUCGCUGCAAAUGCUAGGUUGUACGAUAAAUACGGCAUCUUGAGCCUGGCUUUGCACCCGGGAGUGAUCCAAACGGAACUAGUCAGGAGCUUGGGUGCAGGAGCAUCGACUAGUCUUGUUGCUGCAUUGGACCCAAAAUUAGGGGUCGGGAAAACCAAGGACGGAAAUGAGAAUUACGGGGCGUAUCUGGCUGACUGCCAGAUUAGUGAUCGAGCUCGUCCACUGGCGGUAUCAAGCGACGAGGCUGAGAAGUUGUGGGAGCUAUCCGAGAAGUUGGUCAAGGAGAGGUUUGCUUGGUAA